AUGAGUUCUGAACGUUCAAUUUCACCCGAUCCAUUACCAAGAUCGCACUCUCAUCAAAAUGUUGUCGCUGUAGAUGGUAAAGAAAGUAAUAGUCGCACUGCUCGUCAGUCAUCAUCGACAGCAACACAAAAGCGUCGUCGAGAGAGUCCAACCCGUAGUCCAACACCAGUAUCACCACGGUCGCCUGUAUCACGAUCACCAAGUCGCAGUUCGGUUGAAGGUUCAAAAUCACCUGCUCCUCGUAAAGACAAUCAACGGUCACCAUCACCACCUCGUCAAUCAAGUUCAUCGGUAAAACGACGUCGUCAUAAAGAUGGCGGCGAUUCUGGUCGACAUAUUUGUGAAAUCUGUUCAAACGAUGUUGAAGCGGCAAAACGCUUGUUUGGCGUACUUGAUAAUUGCGAUCAUAUUUUCUGUUAUGAAUGUAUCGUGUCAUGGAAACGUUCGAAAUAUAGCAAUGCUGAAUCGGAAAGCUGUCCAGUAUGCAAAGUUCGUUCAGCAUUUAUAACACCAAGUAAACAUUGGUAUGAUAAUAAAGAUGACAAGUAUCGUCUUGUUAAGAAGCAUAAAAGUCAUUUGAAGACACUUCCUUGCCGUUAUUAUCUACGCCAUGGCUUCUGUCGUUAUUCGGAUCGAUGCUUCUAUGAUCAUCAUGAAGCAGCUAAACAAUAUCGACAACAACAUCAACAUUCAAGAGAUCGUGAUCGUGACAGAGAUCGAGACCGUGAACGUGAUCGUUAUCAUAGUUCACAUAAUGGUAGUCGUUCACACCAUUAUUCGCCAUCACCACCACCACCACCGGCAUCAUCAAGUCGAUAUUCAUCUUCUCGUUAUCGUGAACGGGCCUAUUAA